CAGCACAGCAAGAGCACUGGCUUGAACUUGUGUGGGGGUGGUGGUACAAUCUCGGAACCAAAGCAUUACUCACUUGUGGAGGAAACUAGCUUGCAGAUAUACUGAGUAUUAAGAGUGUGUGUAGUGUUCAAUCACCUUGACUUGUUAAUGGCUAUUUUCUCCCUGGAGCUGUGAAAGAGAUGGCCAUGAUAUUGUUUGUUCAACAAAUCUUCUUGGUGUUUUCUGUGACUUUGUGGCAAUAUACUCUGGUUGAAUCCUUAACACUAUCACAGUAUCCUACGACCAUUGAGAAGAAAACUGGGGAAUCAGCUGAAAUCCACUGUAAACUUUCCAAUGGAAAUGCCACUGAAGACCUAAGACUGGUAUGGUACAGAUACAUAGAUCAAAACCGAUUAAAGAUUGGAGAAAUCAAUCUGAAGACAAAUAACACCACAGCUGUUGACCAUGUCGUUUUACAAUGGAGCCUUGGCAACCACACAGCUUCAAUGUCAAUUAAGCACCUGAUGAAAAACAACUCUGGGACAUACGGAUGUGAACUGUUCAGAUUAUCAGGCAAUUUAUUAGGCAUUGACAUUAUAAAUAAAGCCAAUGCAACAAACAUCACUGUUACUGAGCAGCAGAUUCCAACCCCAGGAAGCAGAAACAACACAGACAACAUGACUGAAGAAUUCCAGGAUAAUGGAGCUAGAAUUCAGAUAAUCGUUGCAGCAGUAAUAGCUGCCUUCGUCAUCAUCUGUCUUCUAAUUUACAUUUUAUUCAGAUACCGACCAAAAAAACAAGGUACGGAUGCCAGUCCUCCUGCAGCAGAUGUCAGUUGUCAGAAAGCAGAGGACCCCAUUUCCACAGUGUUCUCCAUGGACUAUGCUGUACUGAAGAUCCCCGGAAAAAUUGAUCGUCAGAAUCUAGCAUCUUCAAUCUCUUCUGAUGAUUCAUACUAUGCUACAAUUGUAUUUGCACAUCAAGAGCAAGCCACCAGUGUGCAGAAAACAACCAUCAAUAACUAAGGGAUUAUAUUUUUGGUUUAGUGGCACCCGACUACCUAUCUUUGUCCUGUGAACUUUCAAGCAUUAUGUUGAAUUAUCACAUAACCUUUCUUACCAUUUCUUCUAUGAAAACAUAAGGCACAAUUUAACUAUCACAAAUGAAAUUUUGAAUCACCUGCCAAAGCAGAGGAAGUAAAAUCCUAGCAAAAUCAAUCUUACUUUAGUUACAAGAAUUGACAAAUUUGGAUGGAGGAGAGAGAAUUUAGGAAGUGCAGGAAGGACACCGUUAGAUUCAGCAGUAACAGUUUCAAGUUGAUACCUUUGAGAGGAGUUCAUGCACAGGCAGCUGGAAAGAAUAGGCAACUACUCAGGCUGGUUGGUUUACUGCUAUGUACCUUUCCUAUUUUUGGCUCUGACUGGAAUCUAAAAUUUGCUUAUGUUAGGCGUGAUCUCACGGAAUCAGUGCUGAAUUUUAAUUCCAUGAAUUAAACCCUUAACACUUACACUACAUAUAUUUGUAGUAUCAAUAAACGAGCAUGACAUUCUCAUUUAGCAAUAUCAAAAUUUCAAAGUAUUCUUCAUUUUACCUGAGAUGGAGAGUUCACAUUAAACAGUAAUGAGUACCAGUUAUUUUACAAGGCCAUAAUGUGAUCAAAUGAUUCAGAUAAUAAUGUUCUAAAUUUAUAGUUUCCAAACUGUAAGACUGUGUUGCUUUUUCUGCAUUUUAAAUGAAAAUAAUAACUAUGCUACAAGUUUUCAUUUAGAAUGUCAAAAUACAAGAUUAGUAGUCAUAGAGCUGACAUAAUGGCUGUUAUGGAAUGUAUCACUGACUUAAAACUCAAUCAUGUUAAUCAUUUUAAUCACAAUUCUUAUAAGGGAUUGAACGAAGUCGGUUGCCAGGUUAUAAAUUACAACACAUGUCUUACAGUGAGAAUUAUGUGGAAACCAAGACUAGGGGCUGAAUUUUCAAAUGUCUGUGGGGGCAAGCUUGGAUGCAGCCCAUAAUUUGGCACUGCUGACCAUCGUGUCAAUGCAGUACCACAAUUCCAAACUGCAGCCAUUUUCAGAGAAGCUGGCCGGAUCAUGAACAGCUACCCACCAACAAGCAGUGGGUAGCCAAUUUAGUUCAAAUUAAUGUAAUUAAGGAAUAAAAAUGAAAAGUACUGGAAAUACUCUGCGGAUCAAACAGCAUCUGUGGAGACGAACAGAGUUAAUACUUCAGGUCAGUAAUGAAGGGUCAUCAUCAACCUUAAGCGUUGGCCAGGAUUUUUCGACCCUGCCAUGGCUUCCCUGCAGCAGAUACAGCGAGCCAAUCAAAUCUCCUUUGACUUCGAUGAGACAGGAUAGUCCCACUGGCAGGAGGGGUCAGGAAAUCCUGCCGGUUAACUCUGUUUCUCCGUCCACAGAUGCAGUCUGACCUGUUGAGUAUUUCCAGCAUACUUUCUGUAUUUAUUUCAGAUUUCCAGCAUCUGCAGUAUUUUGCUUUUGUGACCUAAUGUAUUUAAGGGCCCAUUAAUGUUUCCAACUGGUAUGCGGGCAGCCUUCAUCAGCCUGGGACAGGUCCAGUCUAAUGUGGCGGGCUCAGGUCUUGAAAGAGGUGGGGGGACUCAUUUGAACCCCCAAGGAACCCACUCCCAUACCUGUAAUGAGCACUGGGCCACAGCUGGCCACACAGUGGAGGGGAUGCCUCUCCAGAUGGCGGUGGGGCAGCCCUCUAGCCUCAAGAGCCUGCCUGCCAUCCCUAUUUGCCUGGUGAGCCCACUCCCUAGCCAUGCCAUUCCUUUGAAAAUAGAGAUCGACCUGUCUGGAACAAGCCAUGUGGGGUCAGGACACAGAACUGAUGGUCUGCACAUCAGGCUCCUUGCCCCAAAAUGAAAAUUCAGCCCUAGGGUUCUGGGAUUGACCUUUAAGCGCCUGAUGAUAUGCAGUUUUUCUGAAAUUAUCCUGAUUACCAACGUGACUGUCAGGACCCUCUUUAUAUUUUACCUCCAGCAGCAACUGAGUCUCACUGGGAAUAAAUUAAAUUUGGAAGAUUAAAGUAGCAAAGAUACGAAUUGAUGUAGGAUGAAUUAAGAAGAAAAUCAUAAAUGAAAUACUGACCAAAGGUCAGGGAAACUCUCAGAGCUGCUUCCGUUCCUUUGACCAAAGAGCUGUGGAAUUGAUCCGGCAACCAUUUAAAUAAUGGUCAGAAAGUUGACACCUAAUAUGCCUCCCUGGUGUUGAAUACAAAGGAGGUGAAAAUAUUACAGAGCGCACUUGUUCUCUGAAAAAAUGGCAAUUCUUACAAUUCACUGAUUUUUAAAAAUGCAGGUUAAUUGUGCAGUACAUUAAUCACACUCCAAACAUGAGACACAAUGUGAGUCAAAUCAUCUAAUAUUUCCUGCAAUAGAAUAAUCUGUCUAUAGAUAUUAACAAUGGAUUUAUCAUGCAUGGUCUACAGAGAUGCCUUAAUGAUCAGUUAGCUAUGAUUCCACUCUGGUACAAAUUGAAAUUGGUUUGCUAGGGUUUGAAAACAUUUGUCAUCUGCUCUGAGAUCUUUAUUUUUUAGAGUCCAGAUUUGUAGAAAAUAUCAGUUUAAAAUCUAGUAACCUAUCAUUUUUAGUUUGAGUCUCGCUCAUAGAACUUUGCAAUGUUUGUGAGCGAUUAGAUCCGAAUGACUUUUCACAACCAUCCAAUCCUGAGUUUAAUCAGAUCUUGGAAGAGUGUAACAAAUGUAAUGAGAAAUAUAUGUAAAUAAAAGGUAACCUAUUUAUUAAACAUUCUGUUGGAAAAAUACCUGUGUAAUAACGUAACUUUUUCUCAUCAUUAAAGUCAUUUGAAAAAUGA